AUCUCUUGCUUUUGACUUGACUUCCAUCUCAUUCUUGUCAUGUCAACUCCCCUUACAGCCCACCGCUGCCAUGUUCCACCUUUAUCCUCUCAUCCACUGUUUCCAGAAGGUCUUCGCGAGCACGUUACUUUUCUUUUAAGGAAACUAUGGACGCUGGAGCUGCCUAUUUCGGUGCCAAGUGUCUACACACCGCCUACGGAACACCUUGUCCCGACGUUAAAGUCCACUCUCAGAAAGAUUGGAGGGUCUCGUAUCGUACAACUUUGCGCAGGGGGCACAGGCAUGGCUCGAAUAGCCGAAACGCUACUCCGGGAAGCAGAGUCACCGUCACUAGGGAAGCUAGAGAUUCUAUUGACAGACCCUAACCCGACGAGCCCACCCAUCCAGCUACCACCGAGUCUGACAUACAUUUCCACGCCCAUCUUGCCGACAUGUGUUCCUCCGAGUCUCACUCCGCCUCCCGCGCAGCCAGAUGAAUCCCUUCUUCCGAGCACACCGACCACGCCCAAACGAGGGCCCAAGAAAGUGAUAAAUACUACUAUGGGACGGCGGGCGGGGAAACAGGUUGCUCAACAUGUUGCAGAGGUGCAACGUGCUACAUCCGCUUUGAGGUUGAUGGUUGGGGAAUUUCAUCAGUUUUCGAAUGAGGAGUGUAAGAGUAUUUUGGAGGAUGCUGUCAAGAAUGGACAUGCCAUUUGUAUUUUUGACAGUCCGCCUCCCACACUCUUCAAUCUCUCUUUCCAGUUGACCCUUCUCCCUCUCAUCAUGUGCUAUCUUUCACUCCGAUACCCAACACCAGGUCGUCUAUUCUUUACAUUUUGCACGCCAGUGAUUCCCUGUGUGGCUGUCUUGGAUUCAGUUGCUGCAUCUCUCUCCUCCCGUUCGGAAAAGGAACUCAAGGCCGUCGUUGAGGGGGUGAGCGGAAAGGACAAGUACAUGUGGAAGGUUGAGACGGGCAGUAUCUUGGGCGGAUUCUGGGAGGUUAUGUGGAUUGUUGGGACUCCCAGAGCGUGAGGAAGGAACGUACGAGAAUAAUGACACCUAAUGGAUUGGAUGUGUAGUUGUUACAGCGUGGUAGCCUUAUAAAAGGUACUGAUAUGAUUACAUGGAUAUACAUAUUCCUCAAUAUACAGACUAUAAUCUUUUGA